CCCACGCCUAUGCGAAGUUGCCGACCCGUGCCGGAGCCGAGCUAAGCUUGGAUGCGCAGCACAUGCAACCCCUUGGAGGUGCGACAGCAAUUGCGGCCAAAGCCGAUGCCGCAAAGCCCAAGCGUGGCGUCCCGUCAAACGCGCGGCGUUUACAAGCGCUUCGCUCGUCAGCCGCAGGGAUACCAUCGCCCAGUUUGGCAGCUUGCUUCCCUGCACUCCUCUUAAGUUUCACCCGCGCGCCCACUUGAGUGAGGUGUUCUCUCGUGACCUCUUUACGGCGACUUGUGGGGAGAGAGAACAGAAAGGCGUGCGUAGGGAGGAGGAGGAGAAGGCUAUGGGCGCUGCUGCGGCGGAGGUGGCGCCGAGGGCGCCGUCGGCCAAGAGGAGGUCGACCACGCUGAGGUUCCUGUUCGAGCUCGAGAAGCCGGAUGGCUUGCUGCCCGGCACGGCCAAGCUGCCUCCGCCGUCGCUCGAGCCUGAGGCCGACAGUCUCAUCGACAAGAUCGCCUCGUGCAACCGUCUGUUCACGUUCGUCGACGUGGGCGAGUGCGAGGAGGAGCGGGACGCGAAGCAGGAGCGGCUGGGGGAGGUGCUCGCCGCCGUCCGUUCGAGCGGGAAGCAGCAGCUGGACCACCGAGUGUUGGUGGCGCUGGUGAAGAUGGUCAGCGCCAACCUAUUCCGGACAAUGCCGCCGUCGGCCUACCCGCCGCUGCCCCCCGACGGUGUGGAUGAGGAGCCUCCUGUGAUGUUGCUGGCCCCGUCGUGGCCGCACCUCCACGUGGUGUACGACAUCCUCCUCGCCGUGGUGACCGGCGCCGACGCCAGGACGCUCCGCAACCACGUCGACCGCGCCUUCCUCUCCCGCCUCCUUGCGUUGUUUGGCUCCGAGGACCCCCGGGAGCGCGACCGGCUCAAGACCGUGUAUCACCAGCUCUACUCCAAACUCACCUGCGAGCGCGCCUUCAUGCGGCGGUCCAUGAGCGCCGCGUUCCUGCGGUUCGUCUACGAGACGUCCCCCGCCGAGCGCCACUGCGGCGUCGGCGAGCUGCUGGAGAUCUGCGGCAGCAUCAUCAACGGCUUAGCCGUGCCGCUCAAGGAGGAGCACCGGGGGUUCCUGGUGCGCGUGCUGCUGCCGCUGCACAGGACCAGGUGGGCGCACACGUACCACCGCCAGCUCGCCUACUGCGUGCUUCAGUUCGUGCAGAAGGAGCCGGAGCUCGCCAACGCGGUGGUCACGGGGAUCCUGCGCCACUGGCCGGUGACCAACUGCCAGAAGGAGGUGCUGCUCAUCGAGGAGCUAGAGGAGAUUCUCGAGGUCCUCGAGCCGAAGCAGCUCGAGAAGCUCGUCGUGCCCAUCUGCUCGCGGAUCGCCCGCUGCGUCAGUAGCUGCAGUUCUCAGGUGGCCGAGAGGGCGCUGUACGUGUGGUACAACGAGCGGUUCCUGGAGUUGGCGUCGGGGUCGCCGGGGAUGAUGGAGAAGAUCCUGCCCGCGUUCGUUGCGAGCGUGGAGGGCAACCUGGAGCUGCACUGGAGCAAGUGCGUGCAGCAGGUGACGGCCAGCGUCAAGGCCCUGCUCGAGCAGGUGGCGCCGGACCUGUACGGUCGGUGCGUCGACGACCUCACCGCGCGGCGGUCCGAGGCCGAGGCGGCGGCCUCCGUGAGGGACGCGCGGUGGCAGAAGCUGGAGACGGCUAUCGCCACGAAGUAGCCAGUGGCGCAACGUUUGGGUCGGUGUACAUGCGUGCGUGUUGGUGUGGGCGCGCCGGCCACGGUGCCACGAUUGAUGGCCGUGCGUGCAGCGUGCCGUUUUGGUUGGCAACGGCGCAGCGGUUCUGAGACCGUGUUGUGCAAGCGAAGUUUGUACUCCCCGAGACAGCGCUGGAGAAGUUUGUGCAAGCUCUCGAUUUCUACCUGCAUCGCGGCCGCGGCUUGUGGCAUGUGACGCCCGGCGAACCGGACAGCGGAGUGCGUGAACCGCGGCGGGGGCAGGUGUUUUGGACGCGACCGUGAGGAGCGUUGGUCCGUGUCGGCGUGGCGCGGGUAGGCGACAGACAGUUUUGGCCUUUCGGCCGGCCGUCGAGCGCGGCCGGUCGCGUGCUGGAUGUUUCUCAGCUCUUCUCUCCAAGGCGAUGCGAAUCCGGCAGCCCAGCAGCUGUCAGGCGAGUCGCUUGCCCUACCAACCUCUGCAAUGUUCAGGAUCAUGGAUUUCUACCCAGAAGACAUUGACUGUCACUGCAGGCCAUCUGAAAUGGUACAGGCGUCCUCGGGCGCCUACUUAGGGCAGGACCAACGCUCCACCGUGCGCGUAUGCCUCGUUGAGCUCGGAUGCCAUGUGUAAAACUAGCUAAAUAGACCGGCACGAGACAUGUGAAUUUUGGCACGGUCCGAUCAGUCAGGCUGUGCUUGGGCUAAGAUCUCGGCACGGCCUAGCUCGGCUACACCCCGCCGUGCCGUGCUGCUAAACCCCAGCCACCAUCGCGCCCUGCCACCCAGCACGGCACGACAUACCUUAGACUUGAUAGGGCCGACCCGACCCGACUCAGCAUGUUGCUUCACAGGCUGUGCCUCCGGCACAUGCCUCGGCGUUCCUGUGCCUCUGGCCAUGUGGAGGUAAAAAGCAGGGAGAUGGUGACUGUCAGUGUGGCCUGCAGAAGUAGCCGAGGCCUCGCCUGACAAUUGAUAAAGCGUGGAAGCAAUCACGGGAGCGACGCGGUUGUGGCCGAAGAGUGCCCCCAACACGCGUUUUCUCGGGACCACUGACGCCCACCCCUGCAAUACCCCUGCAGUGCCACCAACACUGGCUGCCCACCCCUUCAGCACGUCAAUGGCGAGGGCGUGACGGGCGACCACGGUUUUAAAUCCUCAUGUCCACAUUCCACCACGCGACUAGUUUCAGUGGUAAGGCCCUUUUAGCCAAGUGAUGGAUGACACAUUCACGAGAGCCGAUGUGUCAACGUGGUGUGCGUGCCUUGUGCUGUGUAUGUUUAUGCGUCUUCCAUUUA